CGGAUGUUCCCACCUAAAAUAAAAUGGACCCUCUUAUGCGCAUGUGUUCUGUUAUAUAUGUGUGUGUAUUGGGAGUGCUCUUUGCUUACUCUCAUUGGCCUAGCAAGGCAACCAUUAUAUAUUGGUGUUGCUAUUUGUUUGCCCUGUUAUUUAAAAGCUACGAGAUCAGUAACAAUGCGUUUUAAACCGGACAAGGUUGGAGGUCCAUGGGGAGGAGAUCAUGGCAACUUUCGCGACAUCCAGGUGCCUCCCUACAGGCUGCUUCGCCUGACAAUCUAUAGCCAAGAGAAUGUAUUAAUCAGCUCGAUCUCCUUCUCAUACAUUGGCUGUGAUGGCUGCGUGUACCAUGAGCACGAUUGGGGUUUUGUCAGAGAAACCGAAGCGCAUCAGAUUCAGCUUGGCCUGAUGGAUUAUGUGAUGGAAAUCUCCGGGACAACGGGUGAAUUCGAUAACAUGCCUAACAUCAUUUUGUCUCUCAAGAUUGUCACCUUCAAGGGAACGUAUGGGCCAUACGGCAACGACAGUAAGGGGACUCGUUUCAGCUACUCGGUGCAGGGCAGCGACCGUAUCACUGGCUUCUUUGGACGCUCUGGCUGGCACCUGGAUGCAAUUGGACUCUACGUCCGUCAAUGCUAGAUCUCUGCAUACACGUGUAAUGCAUAAUACAUACAAUCACAUCGGUGUGGAUUUCUUAUCCCACUCCGUGACUGGGCAUGCGGCAUGCCACGACGCCUGACCUGUAGUGUGCUUUUACACAAAUUUCAAUAAAGAACAAUGGCUUUAUCUGUA